CUGCGGGUGGGGACGUCCGGUACGCUCGCGAGGAAGCCUUUGCUUUUCCGAGUCGCCCUCUGACCCGCCCGGUGGCGGUGGUCCGCAUGGCCCGUGGAAAUCAACGAGAACUUGCCCGCCAGAAAAACAUGAAGAAAUCCCAGGAAAUUAGCAAGGGAAAAAGAAAAGAGGACAGCUUGACUACCUCUCAGAGAAAACAGAGGGAUUCUGAAAUCAUGCAACAAAAGCAGAAAGCAGCUAAUGAGAAGAAGUCUAUGCAAACAAGAGAAAAAUGAUGACUGACACUUUGGAAAAGCUGGGUGCUACUGCCAACUAGGUGUAUCAUAAACUCUAUGAUCAAGAUUUUGUAGAGUAAACAGUCAUUACAUAUGUUAACAUAUCCUUAUAAAAACUAUUUUAAACUUUA